AUGGCUGCUGCCGCUCACCUGCUGCAGUCCCACUCAGAGCAGGCGCAUUACUCACUAUUCUUCCUGGACUAUGUGGGCGUGGCCGUCUAUCAGUAUGGCUGUGCUCUGGCUCUCUGCCUGUACAGCUCCAACACUGCCUGGAGACAAAGCAUGCUGGGACAGCGGCGGCCGGCGAUGGUCAGAGAGUUUGGAGAGGAGCGCCUCCUGCUGGCUUGCGCCUCCUUUCCCUGCCUAACGUUGUGUUGCGCCUUGACAGCCCUCGCCAUGAGGAGGCAGGCUCAGGCACAGCUGAUGAAAGAGCAACGAUAGAAGAGGAAAAAGUUUGUGUACAGGAAGUCUCUUCUUCUUCUGAGGGACUGACUCUGCAGUGGAAGCAUUUCUUUACUUUUGUUGGUUUGGGUUGUUUGUUAGCAUCAGAUCAUAGUGAUGCAGACCAACAUAUUCCUGCACCGAACUUCUGGUUCUUCUGGUUUCUCUUUUUUACAUUUUACUAAACAACAACUAAAAUCAAGUGACCAUUUAACAUUACGGGACCAGUUUUUAAUUUCUGUUUGCAUAUUCAAUGAAGCAAUAUUGUCUAUAGUUUGUACGUUUAUCUGAUAGCUGAACACUGUUGCCUCUCUGAGCUCCAGGUUGGGGCCUUGAUUGAAAAUAAAUCUAAAACCUGUAUUUAAUAAGAUAAGAUAACCUUUAUUAAAU